AUGUUCACGUUCAUAGCAGCAUUAUUCACCAUAGCCAAGAGGUGUCAGUCCUGCCCUACGGCGCCCAAGGCCUGCGCCAAGACAUGCCCUAAUGCGGGGAUGCUGAAGGCCGCACCCUUGCCCUCAAGUCCACCUGGCCUAAGCAGGAGGAGUGGGACGCGGAGGCGCUGGAGUAAGCCCAGCGAUAGGGAUGCCGCGCCCGGGACGCUGGAGAGCCGCCCGCCGGAAAAACACCUGACUACAAAACCGGGACUGUGCCCCCAGCCCCCGCGCGCGCCCCUCGAGGUCGGGGGCGGACAGCGCGCCGCACGUGAUCUCCCCGCCCGCGCCGCCAGCCCGCCGGCAUUGGGGCGUGGCCCCGCCUGGCGGCCUCGCGGCGAUUGGUUGCGGGGCGGGGCCGGCGGCGCUCCCGCCGGGGGAGAAAUGCCAGGGGCGGGGCCCGGUGGGCCGGAGCGGGCUGGGAUUGGCCGGGGGCGUGCCGGGGCGUGGCCGCGAGCUGCAGCAGGCGGGUGGGGCCGGAGGCGGCGGGAGUCGCGGCUGCUGUCCGUGCACCUGAGAGCCGACGCCCGGGUCCUCGAAGCUGCACCCGCCGCCGUCCUCGUCGCCAUGAGCCGCUUCAAGGUGUCCAAGUUCCGACACACGGAGGCCCGGCCGUCCCGCCGCGAGGCCUGGAUCAGUGACAUUCGAGCAGGAACCACACCCUCAUGUGGGAACCAGAUCAAAUCCAGCUGCCACUUGAUUGCAUUUAACUCUGACCGUCCAGGUGUGCUGGGCAUUGUGCCUUUGGAAGGCCAAGGAGAGGACAAGAGACAGGUGACCUACCUCGGCUGCCAUUCAGACCUGGUCACAGACUUGGACUUCUCUCCUUUUGAUGACUUCCUCCUGGCCACGGGCUCAGCUGACAGGACGGUGAAGCUGUGGCGCCUGCCUGCCGCUGGCCAGGCGCUGCCCUCGGUGCCUGGGCUGGUGCUGGGCCCGGAGCCCGUGCAGGUGGAUGGGCUGCAGUUCCAUCCCACUGCCGAUGGCGUCCUGGUGAGCGCAGCGGGCACAGCCGUGAAGCUCUGGGACGUGGCCAAGCAGCAGCCCCUCACAGAGCUGGCAGCCCAUGGGGACCUUGUGCAGGGUGUUGUCUGGAGCCGGGAUGGAGCCCUGGUGGGCACGAUGUGCAAGGACAAGCAGCUGCGGAUCUUUGACCCCAGAACAAAGCCAGGGGCCUCCCAGAGCACUGAGGCCCACAGGAACAGCAAGGAUGGUCGGCUGGCGUGGACGGGCACCCAGGAGCAACUUGUGUCUACUGGCUUCAACCAGAUGCGGGAGCGGGAAGUGAAGCUCUGGGACACCCGGCACUUCUCCAGCGCCCUCGCCUCCCUCAGCCUGGACACCUCACCCGGGUAGGAGCAGUUGGCACACUGGGGCUGGGCUCAAGGGAGGGUCAAGGGUGUGAAUG